GCCUCCUCGGCGAAGGUUCAGACUGCCGGCCCCCUCGAUGCGUUCACGCCAUUCCAACGAGCUGAAAUAGAUUACUUCCCCGAUGCCUGUCUCCAAAGGUCACCCGAAACCCGAAAAGAAAAAGUCCAUAGCCUGCCAUCGAUGCCACGCCCAUAAAGUCAAGUGUUCUGGUGAACAACCUUGCUCUAGAUGCCGGCGGGCUGGAUGUGGGGAUGAGUGCAAAUAUGCUUCGCGGGAUCGCAAGCUCAAAGUUCAAGAGAGUUACCUGGACGAACUCUUGUCACAAAACUCUCAAUUGAAAGAACAACUACGUGCUCUCAGUACACCUCAAAGUUCACCCGCUAGUGUUGCUGAGGGCUCAGUGCCUCAAGAGUCUUACCCUCCGGUGCAAAAUCCUCUUUUAGGAGACCGGGCUUGGUUCUAUCCAUACGACCCUUCUGCUCCUCCUAUCUACAUGGGCGAUGCGGCAUGCACAGCAUUCGCAACGCGUUUGCGCCAAUUUCUUACGGGAAAUCCCAACACGGCUCAUGUUGCUCGAACCCAGUAUACACCGGAGUCUUCUUUGCUCCAAGGCGCGGCCGAAUGGCCUGGCCUUGCACAGUCCCGUCUACUAGUUCGUAUUGCUUUCAACCAGUUAAGUCGUGUCUACCAUCUGUUUCUACGCAAAUCGACACUUGAGCAGCUUGAGUCCGUCUAUCGUACUCCAACACUACGCGAUGAUCCGUCCAUCAUGUGCAAGUUCUUCGCCCUUUUCGCCUUGGGCGAAGUCUAUUCUUCUCGGGCCAAUCCUUCGCCAACAUGUCGAGUACCAGGUACAAAGUACUAUGUACGAGCAAUGAGUCUAAUCCCAAUUUUGCCGGAGAGGCCGGGGAUGAUCCAUGUGGAAAGCCUGCUCCUGUUGUCAUUAUAUUCGUACUUCCUAAACAGACGCCACUCGGCUUAUAUGUUGAUCGGGAGCGCUAUGCGUUUGGGCCUGAUCCUAGGAUUGAACCACAAUAUUCCUGAGCGGCAAUGUCCUAACCCCGUAGAACGUCAACAUCGAGUUCGGCUUUGGUGGGCUAUAUAUAUCUUCGACCGCAUGUAUACGUCGAAAAUCGGCUUUCCUUUACAAAUACGCGAUGAAGAUAUCCUUGUCGACAUGCCAACUGACGUUCUCAGCCCUGCCGCCGAGGAACAGUUCUCAGAUACUGCUUACUUAGUGGCCAGUAUUCGCUUGUCGCAAAUUAUUGGUCAGACGAUUGAUAAGAUCUACUGCCGCAAACAGCAUGCGGAAUCAUUCUUACAGCGAGAGCAGCAGCUGUUGCUUGCUCUACAAGAGUGGCUUAAAUCGCUCCCAGGGCAUAUCAAGCUACGACCUGAUGACAGUGCUCCACCGAAGCAUAUUGUGUCUCUGCAUUUACAGUUCAACCAGUGCGUUAUAUUAGCCACUCGACCCAUUCUUCUUCAUGCUCUUUUACAACACAGGCACCGCGAGGAUAGUGAGGGCCUUCCCCAGCCAGUGAUCACAUUAAGUGAAGCUUGUAUACACGCCGCACGACACUCGCAUACACUCAUUAUAGAGGAAUGGGUUAAUGGGUCACUACCGAUGUACGGCUAUUUCUACGCUCAGUACCUUUUUUCAUCUUGCAUUGCCCUGGUAAUUUCAGGGCUUCUGCCGUCAAUCGGAAACCCCGCCGACCUUGAGUCCCUCGAGACUGCCACCGAGAUCCUGCAUAGGAUGAGUGAUCACGGUAAUCUUGCUGCUGCCGAGUUUUACGAAAAUCUUAAGCGUGUCAAGCAAGCCUUGCCAACCAAUCCUGGAAGCCUCAAUGAUGAUAAUGACAGUUGCAGCCAUACACGCAAACAGUCCUUGGGCCCUGUUUCGGUAGCAGUUGGGGAACACGGCAUGGAUCCUCAUUCCGUUGGUACGCUACCUGCUACGGGAUAUACAACAGAGAUGGCGUUCCUGGAACCGACAAUGCAGGAUUUCCUCGGCAGGUCAGAGAACGAAAUGGAUUUUAUCCAUCCCUAUGAUCUUUCAAUUGACGACUCUGCUGCCCUUGCUUCUUGGCCCGCUACCUUGUGGACUUCGUGAUUGUCUAAGUGGCUCCGGUCAUCAAGCAAUUGUAUGAGCAUUCCAGCAUGGUGCACCAUACUUGAAAUGUAACAGAGCACACCCUAUACGUCUGCUGAAUAUGGCAAUCUUGGGGAACAUGAUCUAUGACAAGCUGUAAUUCUUCCUCGCUACAUCUGGGUCUCAGUAAUGACACAUUCCGAUUAUUGAGUCCAAACGGAGGCAAGGCCCGGUAGAUCCAGAGCCAUGGGCAGACCUGAAGUUGACUACUGAAUGACAGCUACAUCUCGCGAUAUCGAGUCACGGGUCUGAUUUUUAUACUGGAGUGUCAGCAAGCAUUUACUGGAGUUUUCGGAAACUCUGACUUGACGUAUGGCUUUCCCUGAAUCCUGAAAGCGGAGGAACACAAAAUUCGCCUUUUCAAAUCACUUCACACACCACAAGGAUA